AUGCCUAAUGACGACAGCUUGGUUACGGAUCAGUGUUCGGUCUCCUACAUGACACCAUGGGCAACGGUAAGCCAUCCAAAUCCUAAGCAUAGUGUUGCUCUACUGGAGGAAUCUGCACGAAUUUGUCGCUUAUCGCAUCCGAAUGUCUCACGGAUUGUUGCCGUCUCUCAUUUAUCGUUUGCCGUCCUCCGUCCAGCAGUAGCAGUAAGCCAUCCAAAUCCUAAGCAUAGUGUUGCUCUACUGGAGGAAUCUGCACGAAUCUGUCGCCUAUCGCAUCCGAAUGUCUCCCGGAUUGUUGCCGUCUCUCAUUUAUCGUUUGCCGUCCUCCGACCAGCGGUAGCAGUGGAAUGGCCGGCUGGUGGAACUUUAGCCGAAUACUUCCAGCAUCAGAUACGAGACCAGGAGGAACGGGAACGCCCUACAAUUUUACUCAAGGAUAUGCUUGAAAUACUUUUGCAAGUGAGUGCAGCUCUGAAGCACUUUCAUGAAGUGUUGGGUGACGUCGCACAUGGAGCUGUUACAACACAGAAUGUUCAAUUGACUACAAAGGAUUUGAGAAGAUGUGUCGUAAAACUCAGUUGCCUAUAUCCUCCUACAACAUCCAGACUUCCUCCAGAAAUUGUUUGCUCUACGGAACGAAAUCCAAAGUAUAGACAAGAGGGUGACAUCUGGAUGUUUGGUAUAUUGUGCUGGGAAAGUAUGACUUUGGGAGCUGAACCACAUUAUCAGAGAACAACAGAGGAAAUUCAGCGGAUGUUCGGCAUAUUAUGCUGGGAAAGUAUGACUUUGGGAGCUGAACCGCAUUAUCAAAGAACAACAGAGGAAAUUCAGCGGUAA